AUGUCAUGUCCGUUCAUGAGAGAACUCUGGCUUGCACUCGGUCUCAUUGAUGCAGGGCACGCAACUUGCAUGAAGGCAUUGAAGCAGGGCUACAGUCUCACUCUACUCCUCGGUGGCACGAAAGAGCAGUUGAUACCAUACUCGCCUGCUCAUGAUACCAUCGUAUGCAAGUCGAGGAAAGGGUUCAUUUAUCUGGCUAGGGGUGCUGGGAAAAUACCGAUCGUGCCAUGCUAUUGUUUCGGAGAGCAGAUAGCUUAUGGCAAGCAAUACC